AUGCCGCGCGUCAAUCGACCAAGACGUGCAGCAGCUAACCGAGGGGAUGACUUAAACCUCCGCCUCGCGACGCCACCCCCACACCGCGACGGUGCGGCUCGGGUGGAGAUUGACCUGCACUUCCAUCGGCUCGUGUAUGAUGCGGUCAGGUCUAUACCGGAGGGAAGGGUGAGCGGCUCUUGAUCUUUUUACCAUCUCUCUACUACGACGAUAGCUGACUUGCUCCGCGUCCAACACAGGUCAGUUCCUACGGUCGGAUCGCGACCCUGAUCGGCCACCCCAAACAUUCCCGCCACGUAGGCGCAACACUCAAGCUCCUUCCCCGUAACCUGUCCUCCCCUCAUCUCCCACAACGAACUCCCCCACUCGACGCCGACGCCGACGCCGACGCCGUCGCCGUCGCCGUCGCCGAUCCCGAUGCCCCCCUCGCCGAACCCGACCCGAACCCAGAUUUCGUCCCCUGGCAUCGAGUCGUCAGUUCGAACGGUCAAAUCUCCCCCCGGAUGAACGACGUCUCCGUUGCGCGUCAAGCGGAAUGGCUCAUAGCCGAAGGGGUCCAAGUCGACGAUAUCCCCGACCAGCCUCCACAGCAUAGAGCUCCUGCGGCUCGGGGAGGCGAGGCCCAUGAUGGCUGGGGUUUUCGAGGUGCCAAUUCGGGGGGGAGGGUCAGGAUGAGUUUGUAUGCGUGGCCAUGA